ACUUCAAAGGGAGAUCCAGGUUCGUUAGAGGCCAGUUUCAAGCUGUCUGACAGGAGGGCGUGGCCUCGAGCCAGGGGGCGUGGCCUAGAUCUCGGGGUCCGCCCUAGGUGUCUCGCCCACUCGCCUUCACCCGCACCCCCGUUCUUUUCGGUUAUUUUCUUCUACGGCCGUUCCCCGCCCCGCCCUGGGCCCAGGGGGCCGUGGUGUGAACUUUGGUGGGCAGGAGAAAUCGUCUCCGACCUCCGUCAGAAAUGGGGAACGUGCAGUCGGAGCCGUCCGCGGGCGGGGGCUCCCGAAAAGAGCAGGCCUCGGACCGCUCUUCCGCCUCCCGCCGGACAUCCUUGGCGGAGCCCGAGGUGACCCCCUCCUCCCCUGCCAUACGCCUGGCUCGCGGGCUGGGCGUCUGGUUCCCCAGCAGCUCAGCGUCCCAGGGACUCCUGGUACCCCCGGAGCCCCAGGCCUCACCCUCGCCCCUGCCCUUAGAACUGCCCUCGCCAAUGAUGCCCCCUUCAGAGGAGACGGCUGCGGCCGCGGUCUCCACACCAUCCCCACCCCCCGUGGGGACCGUGUUGCCCACACCGUCUAAGUGGCGAAAACCCACGGGCACUCCGGUGCCUCGGAUCCGUGGUCUACUGGAGGCAAGCCAUCGCGGCCAGGGCGACCCCCCGAGCCUCCGCCCACUGCCGCCGCCGCCGCCGCCGCCGCCGCCGCCGCCGCCGCCGCCCCCGCCGCUGCCGCCGCCGCCACCCCCGCUCCUGACACAAGCCGAAGAGGACCCCGACCCUGUCCAGAGGGCCCCAUCCCUGACUCCGCCAUCCUUGGAGCCGCGAAAGCCGUCACCACCGCCGCCUUCCGACCAGCAGACCCCGGACCGCAGAAUAAGUCCUGCUCUGGCCACACUUGCCGCAACCCCCAUAGAAAACCAGGUCCCUCGCGGCAGCGAGCGCCAGGCAGCCGGCAGGGCCGGAGGAGGAGCGCCUGCCCAAGCAGGCGAGGGUGAAAUGGCCCGGCCUGUGGCUUCCGAGUCCGGCCUGAGUCUGCUGUGUAAAGUCACCUUCAAGUCGGGGCCUCCUUUGCCCCCUGCAGCAGCAUCGAGUUCCUUAGUCGCCAAAGUCUCGCUAGGGGGCGGCGGAGGCAGGGGACUCUUCUCCACUGCCUCGGGCGCCAUCUCUUAUGCCGAGGUCCUGAAGCAAGGGCCCCUGACUCCUGGGGCCGCUCGCUCCCCUGGAGAGGUCCCUCGGGUGACCCAGGAAGCAGAGGGCGGUAAUGGAGACGGCGAGGGGUGUUCUGGACCCCCCUCCGUGCCUGCGUCCCACGCCCGGGCCCUUCCGCCACCACCCUACACCACCUUCCCAGGCUCGAAACCCAAAUUUGACUGGGUGAGCCCUCCCGAUGGCCCUGAACGCCACUUCCGCUUCAACGGAGCUGGCGGAGGCAUCGGGGCCCCCAGACGGCGCGCGGCCGCGUUCUCAGGUCCCUGGGGCUCCUUGCAGCCUCCGCCCGGGCAGACGCACCCAGCUCCCGGGCCCCGGAGGCCCGCACCCGCCUUGCUUGCGCCGCCUAUGUUCAUCUUCCCAGCGCCCACCAAUGGAGAGCCGGUGCGCCCCAGGCCUCCCGGCCAACCCGAGUUGCUACCGCCCACGCCACCACCCACGCCGCCUCUGGCGCCGCAGCCCAUACCGCAGCCACCAGUUCUCCAGCCAACGCCACUGUUCGCAGCGCUCCCACCAAACCCAGGCUCAGGUCACUUGGAGUCCGCCCAGGCUCCCGCCCCGCCCCUCGCCUUGGCUGCAGACCAGGCCCCAGCCCCAUCCCCGGCUCCAGCUCCCACCAAAGCCGAGCCAUCACCACCUGCGCCCACGCCCGCGCCCAUCAAAACCCGAACACGCAGAAACAAGGGCCCACGCGCUGCCCGGGGCGCGACCCGUGAGGAUGGUGCACCUGGAGAAGGUCCUCGUGAACGGACUGCAGCUACCAUGACUGACAGCGGUGGUGGAGGUGGUGGUGGCGGAGCUCCAUCAGCGGGGACGGCUAACACUGGUGCCCGACGCCACUGGCCGCCCUUCCAGGUGCUUAACUCUUGCCCCUGCAAGUGUUACUGCCGCCACCAGCCACGCCAUCGCCGCCUGCCACGCAACGUGUCUGCCUGGUGAGGGGAGGCCGGGGGUUAGGGAGGGAAAGUGGGGAGUUAUGGAGAGAAGGGCAUACCCCUUUUAAGUCCCAAACCCAACUUCCUUGGGUAGAGUCCCACUUAGUCCUUUUGCUCAUGAUCCCAGGUUACCCUUGACCUUUUCCUCGGCUGCAACUCAAACCCAACUGGGCUCCAAGAAGGAACACGUUGGCCUAGCCCUUUGGUAUCCAACCCUUCAAGCUGACUCCUGGCCCUGUUACUUUCAUUACUCUCUGGAGCCAUCAGGGAGGGAAGCUGGUCCCAGCUGACAGUCUUCACAGCCUUGACACUGUCCUUGGGAGUACCAAGAGGGGCCAUGUUCCAAGCCCUUCAGGGAUGGGAAGGGAGAUGACUAUCUUCUGGAACCAAAGGGAUAUAAAUGCAGGACUCCAAAGUCCCUGGUCUAGCCCCUCAAACUGCCACGCCUCCUUCUAGCCUCUGGCAACUUUUGACUCUGGGACCCAAGGUUUUGACUGCCAGCAGGUACUGAUGUUCCAGUCAGUGCUGCAGAGACUACUACUGAGUCUUCAGAUCCAGGGGAGACACUAUAAUCCAAUUACCCUCACACUGAAUUUCAGGAUCGGUCACCCUGGCUCCUGGGAAUCCUGAAUCACUAGGAGACCUGCUGCCCUGGACCCCUUGGAGCUCCGAUUAGGGGGAGUGGGGGAUAUCACACUAUCACCAAAUCUCAGCCCCCUUUUCCUACUUAGUUUAACUGGAUACAGCCCUGCCCAAACUACCUAUAGUAUAUUCAGACAUGGUCCCUCAUGUAGAUGGAGAAAGUGAAGCCUAGAAGGGGUAAAGGCCUCACCACGCAGCCAGACCCUGCUGAAUCUACUUUCCUCCUAGGCUGAGCACGCCCACCAACCACCUGAGCGAGCCCUCCUGGGUUGCCACCAUCAAGUUGGCCGGCUCCCUGGUAGCCGGGCUGGAGCACUUCGACUUGCAGGCCACCCAUUCCAACUGAGUGUAGUCUAUUCAAUGGCUUCUACCUUCCCCUCCUUGACAAUAAA